AUGUCUCGUUUUAUUCAACUCCUUUUCCUAUUUCUUCUUCCAACUAUCGGAGCGGUUUCUUAUAAAGCUGAUAAAUAUUCGCUUCGUUUUAUCGCUAACAACACCGAUUAUUUUGCGAAAAUAAAAAUCGAUCUGAAAGUUAAUGAAGAAGUCAAAUCGAUUAAUCUUAAAGCUUCAAGACUUAUUACAGUUCUUAAAGCGAGAGUCUACACAUCUGCAAAGUUGUCUCAUGGCGAGCCAGAUUGGAACACUCAUUUGUCUGACGUCUCAUAUGACCAGAAAUCCGGAUCAAUUAAGAUUGCCGUUGAUGCAGUUAGUCCAAAAACUACUACUGAAGGGGCUUUUAUUGAAAUCGAUUAUCGAGGAGUCGUAAUGAAUGAAAAAAUCCCACCAGCUUACUACGAUGGAAAGAAUGUUAAUAUCGAUUUUUCAGACGGUGCUGAGAAAAUCGUUCCUUUAGUUUCAGAAGAUCCUGUAAAUUUCGAACUCACUGUCGUAACCGUUAAAAAUGGAACAGUUAAAGUUAACAAUUUAGAAGAAGGCAAAAAAGGCGAAACUGGAAAAUUGGGAUUUGACAACAAUUACGUAAGCAAGAAGCCAAUCGAUUUGAAGACAUUGAGCUUCUCUAUCAGCCCACCAUUCUCGGCCGUUCUUGUUUAA